UUUUUUUUUUUAAAGCAUCUUUGUUUCAAAACACAGCAGUGAUUGCCUUCUCUAAUAUAUCUAGCUAGCUGGGUUAACCUGGAAAGGCUGCAAACUGUAAACAAGUCAGUCGUCGAUACGUACAAUGAUAUAGGAGUCGGAUACGUGGCUGUACUGAGACAGGAAAGUGGAUGAUACAUUCUAACAUGAUACACACUGGACUACAAAGGGCGAAGACCUGUUGAGGAGAUCUAGUGAAGCCGAUCUAAACCAUUGCUUUGAGCAAACGUUACUUUUGUCCUCUGCCGGGCUGCGACCACAACCAUGUCGGACAUUAUGCUCAACGUGUCUGAUGAGCCUGUGCAGAGCGGACCUCAGACAGAAAACCAAAGGAGGAACAACAACUGGUUUCGUAAAAAGAUGCAGAGGGGCUUCCCGCAAGGCCGAAAUAAAUACAACCACAGAGUGGGACAGUUCAGACACGAGCCACCUCCUCCGCGCCAGAACGGAGCACCUGCAAAGCAUCCCUCCGCUCCCACGCAUGGCAAAAGUUUACCUCGCCCGAGCGGCACAGCCGGUGCUUCCCACUCUAGCUCCCAGCCUUCGACGUCGGCACACAGCCCGCCUUCCUCUGCUGCCUCUGUGGACAGCACGGGCAGCCACGAAAAGCCAAAGGAGCCUGGGACCGCACACCAGACAGCCACUGCCCAUCGCCCCUCAGCCUCAAGCCUCCAUAAACCCGCCGCCGCUCAGACGUCAACGGGGAACCCCACCAAGUUCCUCGCCAUCGACUGCGAGAUGGUGGGCACGGGACCAAAGGGGAGCAUCAGCCAGCUCGCGCGCUGCAGUCUGGUGUCCUACGACGGAGACGUGGUUUACGAUAAAUUCAUCAACCCCUCCGUGCCCGUCACCGACUACCGCACCCGGUGGAGCGGCAUCCGGCGCAGCGACCUGGUCAACGCCAUACCGUACGCUGAGGCCAGGAAGGAGAUACUGAGGCUGCUCAUGGGGAAGGUGGUGAUCGGCCACGCCGUCCACAAUGACUUCAAGGUCCUGGGUUACUCUCACCCCGGCGCCUUGACCCGAGACACGUCUCGCAUCCCUCUGCUCAACGAGAAGGCCGGCUUUGCCAUGCAAGAGUGUGCCUCGCUGAAGAGACUCACCAAGGCCAUCUUCAACCGAGACAUCCAGACUGGGAGGAAGGGCCACUCUUCUGUGGAGGACGCCAGAGCCACCAUGGAGCUUUACAAAGUGGUGAAGGACGAGUGGGAGAGGAAGUUGGCAUCCAAACCACAGGCUAGCCAGUGCCAGGUGUGAGGAGACAACGCGGAGGUAGACCAGAGUUUGGAUCACCAUCUCUGUGUGGCAGGAUGCUGUUUUUUUUUACCUUUCAUUAGGAGUUGAGUUGGAGGACAGUAGGAGGACAGUAGGAGUUGGCCCGUUGACACGCGAAUGAAGAUACCAGACCAAAACUGUACCUGUUUAUUCAGUACACUGGAGAAGCUUUUACUAGCUGGAUUAAAAAAACAACAACCACCAACCUGUAAUAUUAUCAUGGGAGAAGAAUAGAAUAACUGCUGGGUCAGACACUCUGCUUUGAACCUUUGGUUUCAGCAGUUCUUCCUCAGGGUUUGCAUUGUGUUUAAUGGUGCUCCUGCCACUAGGGGGCAGUCAUGUAUUCAGUCCAGCAACAGAAAGUACAUCAUUGAAACACUGUCAAUGUUCCCCCUACACACACACACACACACACACACACACACACACACACAAAAUAAUGUCUUUUUUAAGUUUCCACAAGGUAAGUGUUUUUAAUAGGAUCUGCAGUUCAACAUUCAACCCCCGAUUAAUGCUUACACCACUUCGGUGUACAUUCAUCUUCUCGCCAUCUGAGCGUAGACGAUAGAGACAAUUUCAAGUCUGACCGAAUUGCCGCUAAAAGAGCUCAAAUGUCAUUUAACAUUUUUUUUUUUACAGUUUGAAUCAUCCUUAAGUGAAGAUAUGCGUACAAAAUGCUGCUUUGAUCAACCAGUGGUCUUCUUCAGGGAGGUUCAGGAUUCUAUUUAGAAAUGCAGAAGUCAUUAGUCCCGCAUGUGGCUUUUACGGAUAAGAAAUGUUUAUUACGUUUUAUCACUUUGAGACAUGUUUUAAAAUGUGACUGUGGUUUUUUUUAUGUUAAUGUUUGAAAAAAAAUGAUAGAAAAAGUGCACAAAUACAUGUCUAGAAAAAAGGCACUGUUAAACAAAGUAGUUGGUAAGGUACAUUUCCCCCCCAAAAAAUAUACUUUUAUAAGCUCAUACAGUACACAGGAUAUAGUAUAUUUGAGCAGGAGGCCUUAAUUUUAAAGUAAAUGUUGAUGUAGUUACUGAAUAUUAUCCUAGCAAAAAUAUUUGAACCACCUGAUUUUCACGAUAAUUUAAAGUUACACACGGUAACCCCCCCCAUCCUAACCUCUGUGUCCUCAGCGUUAGCUAGGUUCCUGAUGUUCUUCAUCACUGUCUUUAUGAGACUUGUACUUGACACGGUGGCUGACCACUUGUUUACCUGAACUACCCCCCCCCACCUUAUACUCUGUUGAUGUAAGUCUGCAGUUUUGGAAUAUGGACGUGCUCACUUCCAGAGUUGCUACAGUUUCCUAUGCAACGUCAGACAGAGUUCAGUUGUCUGCCGUAGAUUCAUCUCGGUGCUUAUCUUCAAUAAAUCAUUACCACAAUCA